AUGACUACUUUCGGGACAGUUGGGGAGUUUCAGGUGGAAAGUGGCGACUGGGUGCAGUACACCGAACGCCUAGAACAUUUCUUUGCCGCCAACGACAUCGCCAACGUGGAGAAGAAGCGAGCUAUCUUACUCUCCGUUUGUGGAGGACAGACUUACAGGCUUAUUUCAAGUUUGUUGGCACCGGAGAAGCCAGGACAAGUGGAUUAUUCGACUAUAAUUGCAACGGUGACGAACCACAAGGUUCCGAAGCCAUCGGAAAUUGUUCAGAGGUUCAAGUUCAACUCAAGACAACGAAAAUCCGGUGAGUCAGUAUCGGAUUAUGUAGCUCAGUUGAGACACCUGGCUGAACAUUGCAAUUUUGGGACUAAUCUUAAAGAGAUGCUGCGAGAUAGAUUGGUGUGUGGGGUGAAUGAUGACAGGAUCCAGCGACGACUGUUGGCCGAAGUCGCGCUCGAUUUCGAUAAGGCACUUUCACUUGCCACCGCCAUAGAAACGGCCGAUCGGAACACGGCAGACCUCCGUGAAGGAAAACAACCCGGCAGUGAAACGGUUAACAAAGUUCGGGAGCCGAGGAGUGGUCGAAAUCAGCGGGGUCCGAGGUCCAAGGACGCAUCAUGUUUUCGCUGUGGGAGAGCCAUGCACACAGAAAGUGAGGAAUGUCCAGCGAAACGGGAGGAAUGUUAUAAAUGUGGAAAGAAAGGUCAUUUUUCCCGAGUAUGUAGAUCGAGCAAAAAGGCAGAUCAAGGGAAAGAUAAAGGAAAAAAAUACAUGUCGCGGUCAGCUAAGGAGAGGAGCCAAAAAAGCCACCACCUGGAAGAAGAGGAGGAGGUGUAUACUCUCUACCAUACGACGAAAGAGAAUAAGACCUCAGAACCAUUUACAGUGGACAUUAAUGUAAAAGGAGAGGUCGUUGCCAUGGAGAUCGACACUGGGUCGGGCGUUACGAUCAUCAGUGAGGAGACAUGGAAGAAAACAUGGAAAGGGGGCGAAAAAUUGAAGUUGCGAGAUAGCCGAGUGAAAUUACGCACCUACAAUAAAGGAAAAAUUGAGGUGAUGGGAGAAUGCAUCGUACCAGUCAGCCAUAACAACCAGACGGCAUCGCUUAGACUUCUGGUUGCUAAGGGGGCGGGGCCAAGCCUUCUUGGAAGGGACUGGAUGAAAGUUAUUCGGCUCGAUUGGCAGGAGGUGUUCAGCGUCAUUGAAGACCGACUGAGUAGUCUUCUCUCCAGCCACUCAGAGGUAUUUAAUAAGGAGCUCGGAACACUUAAAGACGUAGAGGUCGACAUUGACAUUGAUCCAGCUAUCAAACCAAAGUUCCUUAAAGCCCGCCCAGUUCCACUCGCACGUCGCGAUCGCGUCAAUCAAGAAAUUGAUCGAUUGUUGGGUCAGAAAAUUUUGGAACCAGUGCAGUAUUCGAAAUGGGCUGCGCCAAUCGUUCCUAUUGACAAACCAGACGGCACAAUUCGGAUCUGCGGAGACUACCGACUUACAGUGAAUAGUGCUGCAAGAUCGGAUACUUAUCCGAUUCCCAGGAUCGACGAGUUAUUCACCAAACUCGUUAACGGGAAGAAGUUCACGAAGCUGGACAUGUCCCACGCAUACCAGCAAUUAGUCUUGUCUCCAGACUCUCGCGAAUUAGUGACCAUUAAUACACAUCGUGGAUUAUUCCAAUACACCAGAAUGCCGUUUGGAAUAUCUACAGCACCAGCUGUUUUCCAGCGAACGAUGGACAAUCUGCUAGCUGGGAUUCCUGGAGUCGCUGUAUAUCUGGAUGAUCUUCUAGUGACAGGCAGUUCGGAGGCAGAGCACCUCAACAACCUGGAACAGGUCCUUAAAAGACUUAAGAAUGCGGGGCUGCGUCUAAAACGAGAAAAAUGCGAAUUUCUCGUGAAAGAAGUGAAGUAUCUUGGUCACAUGGUCAGCGCUGAGGGGCUGCAGCCGACAGAAGAUCGGGUUAGAGCAAUUACCGAGAUGGCAGCGCCUACAAAUAUCAAGGAACUGAGAGCAUUUCUUGGUAUGCUGAACUACUACGGAAAGUUCAUGCAAAAUCUGUCGACAGUGCUAGAGCCGCUACAUCGUCUGCUCCGAAACACCUCACACUGGCAGUGGGGGAAAGAACAGAAAGCCGCAUUCCAACGAGCAAAGGAAAGUCUGAAGUCAGCAAAAAUCCUAACCCACUACGACAGCACCAAACAGCUGGUCCUAUCAUGUGACGCCAGCCCUUACGGAGUGGGGGCAGUACUUUCUCACGUGAUGGAGGAUGGAUCGGAAAGGCCGAUAGGCUAUACGUCGCGCAGUCUGAAUUCCGCGGAGCGAAAUUAUUCGCAGCUAGACAAAGAGGGGUUAGCAAUAGUAUUUGGAGUUAAGAAAUUCCACACGUAUCUGUACGGCCGACGGUUCAAAAUCAUCACCGAUCACAAGCCACUGCUAGGCUUAUUUGGCAACAACAAAGCAAUUCCGCUGAUGGUUUCCCCUAGAGUGAUUCGUUGGUCACUGAUUCUAGCAGCGUAUGAAUAUGAAAUUGUGUACAAACCGGGAUCCGAAAACGCUAAUGCCGAUGCGUUAAGCCGCCUUCCGAGGAAAGCGACUGCAAAACAACCACCCGUACCAGAGGAAAUCGUCCUGCUAAUGAGCGAGUUGGAGAAGACGCCGACAACACCUUCGCGAGUUCGCGCCAUGACCCAGAGGGAUCCGAUUUUGGCGAGAGUGCGCAAUUAUACUAUGACCGGUUGGCCGGAUAACCCGGGUGAAAUGAAGAAGGAAAUGAAUCCUUAUUACAUCCGUAAAAAUGAGCUAAGUGUACAUGAAGGAUGCGUGCUUUGGGGGGGUAGAGUGGUGUUACCGCCCCAGUGUCGCGAGCAUAUGAUAGAAGAAAUCCAUGAAGCGCACCCGGGCAUUGUGAAAAUGAAGGCUAUCGCAAGAAGCCAUGUGUGGUGGCCCCAAAUCGAUAAGGACUUGGAGCAAAAAGUCCGAGCAUGUCCACAGUGCCAGGAGCACCAACGAAAUCCACCAAAAGCACCACUACAUUCAUGGGAGCAUCCGAGUCAACCCUGGUCCCGUGUGCACGUGGACUAUGCGGGUCCAGUGCAAGGAGAUAUGCUAUUAAUCCUUGUUGACGCGUAUUCAAAAUGGAUCGAAGUUCAAGUCACACGCGAAUCGACUAGCAGCAUCACAAUCGAUAAGCUCCGACAUGUGUUUUCAACACAUGGAAUACCGCAUACCUUAGUGUCCGACAAUGGUCCUUGUUUCGCAAGCGAGAAAUUCAGUGCAUUCAUGAAAGCGAAUGGCAUCCGUCACGUGAAAAGUGCGCCAUAUCACCCAGCGACAAAUGGCCUCGCGGAACGCGCUGUUCAGACCGUGAAAGCAGCACUCCGAAAGAUGUCAGGACCACUCCAGACACGCGUAGCCAGAUUCCUUCUAUCCUACCGAUCUACACCGCACUCGGUAACCUUGCAAACACCAGCCGAGAUGUUGAUGAAACGAAAGCUUCGCACGCGAGUCAACAUGGCAAUACCAGAUAAUAAGGCCACUGUUGAAAAAAAUCAGCUUUCGCAAAAGCUACACCACGACUCCCGUCCGAUUCGCGAGUUCUCAGAGGGCGAUGACGUAGUGGCCCGCAACUACGCAAAAGGGAAGAAGUGGGUCCCAGGAAGGAUAACGAGGAAGUUAGGACCGGUCUCUUACGAGGUCGAAGUUCGCAUCGGAACAUCCUCAUACAUUUGGAAACGUCACGCAGAUCAGAUUCUGAAACGCGAGACUCCAAAUCGCGAAAAUAUUACCGCGAAUGGGAACGAAUCGCAAGAAGAACGCAAUCUCGAUUUCGAUACACCAACCCAAAUCGAAGGAAGCAAUCCGCUCGAAGAUAACAAUCACAGCGAAAGUAGCGAAGAAGCAUCUGAUGCCAGCCGCGUGUCAGAACGAAAAGAGUAUCCGAAGCGGAAUGUUAAGAAACCUGAUUACUACGGAUAUUGA